GUCUCAUGACUAAUGAAUAACUAUUAUUUAACUAGCCCCUCCCUUGUUUCUGAAAAGGUCAGCUAUAAAGCAGCUAUGUUUACUCUACUACAGUAAGUUAGUGUUGAAAGAACUAGAGCUAACAAAAUGAGCUCCAACAUUCUUGGCAAGAUAUCUGUGACAGCAUUUGUGCAUGCUGGAGCUAUAAUCACACUCUUUACCAUCCUCCUAUGCUACUCUCUGGCUGUGUCCAAUGGACAUGUCAAACCAUGGCUGCCCAUGAUCAGUGACUGUGCUGUUCUUAGCCCAGAAAAGUAUCCUUUCAGACUUGGGCUAGCUGUAAGCAGCAUGCUUUUAUCAGUUGGAGUGGUGAUGAUCUACAAUGCAAACAUGGUGUACUCCAGAAACAAGUUGUCUUUGUUUCUCGGUCUGGUGGCCACAUUUUGUUUGGGAGUCGUAUCUGCAGUGAAUGAAGUUGAAGAUAAUCCUGUACACUCGGGUGCUGCACUGAUAUUCUUCUUUUUCUACUGGUUCUACAUGAUCAUAAUGACAUGGGGCAGAACAGUUGUGUCACUGUGCAAACAGUAUGUGUGCAAUAGACGCAGAGAUGAAGAGUUAUUGCGUCCAAAUGCAGUCAUCUCCUUUUUCCGUCAUCUGCUUACUGUAUUGUGUGGAGUAGCACUGGUGGCCUUUGCUUGUAUGAGUACCCACUGGGGAAAGUACAAGCUGUACAUUGCUAUCGCUGAAUGGAGUGGUACGCUCUGCAUUAUCCUGUUCAACUGGAGCUAUGCCUACGAUCUUUCUCAGCUGAGCCUUGCAGAGAUUAAAAGCGGUACUGAAAGACAAGUCGAAAGUGAAAAGAUGAAGCUACUCUCACAAACUGUUUGCCAUGCAUUAGAAUUAGCCCAGUGUGUGAACAGCCUAUAUGCUAAAAUGUCUAGAGCAACUGGGUCCCUACCAUCCACUCCACUCUCACCAAUGGCCGCCCUCCAAUUACCCCUCUCACCCCUCACACUAACUGGAGUCCCUCUACAGCCUGGUUCCCCGGCCACCCAACUGCCCCCGCUCAGCCCUGAGGUGAGCAAGGAGAUUGAGAGAGAGGCUGACCAGUUGUUUCGCAGCCACACAGUCGAACAAAUCAAAGGGCUGGAGAGAGACAAACGACUGGAGAUUGAUCGACGAAGAGAAGACCUCAGACAGAUGGUUGGAGAGAGAUAUCGAGAUCUCAUUGACGCUGCUGACUCCAUUAUGCAUAUGAAGAAAUGUUCAGAGCAGGCUAAGCAGUCGGUGGCUACGAUGGAGGGACUUUGUCAGAAACUGCAGCAGACUCAUUUCUUGCGUGGGUCUGGUGGACUGAGGGGACCAACACCAAAAAUUGAUGACCACGCUAUAGCAGCUCAAGUGAAGCUGUUAGCAGAUGCCCCAGAGAACAUCUGGGCGUAUCUAGAGCAGCAUAGCUACCUCUCUGCAUCACUCACCUACCUACUGGCCAGACACAUCUUCUCUCAGUUAACGGUCAAGCUGGGUACCAAGAAGAGCUUUGUUUUGGUGCAGCGACUGUGGCAUUCUGUGGCCACCUUCAAGGACACCAUCAUACAGUGUUCUAAUAGCCACCUCCAAUGCCUCGAGUUGAAACAGGAGGCCAUGCUGCAGUGUCUGUGUGCAGUGGUUCUAUUGGAGGGCAGCUCUCCCAGGCAACUACUAGCUCAAACACUCAUCGCACGAAAGAGUUCCCUCCAGUCAGUGUUCUCCUCGAGUGCCCAGCACGUCGGUGUCAAGUCUCAAGUGUGCCAACUGGCCCAGACUAUAGUCGACUCUCUGUCACAAAUCUCCUUCGUAUUUUGUGCUCAACAAAACCAGGGCGGGCAAGUUGGCUCGUCUUUGCUUGUGCAGAGGCUCACACAGCUAUCAAACAAAGAAUGUAUUAAAGGUGUGAUCCCAGGAGCCUUGGUCAGUAGACUGCCUGAAAGCAUCACUGGAUUUACUCCAUCCAUUGCCUCCACAAGUCUGAGCGAGAUUCCUGUUAAAGAUAUUCACAGCUCAACUGGGGAGUGGGUUACCAUGUGUGUGUCUGAUGUAAGCAGUGGAAUGGAGGCUAUACUCCAGCACAUCACUAGUUUCAAGGCCCUGGCUAGCAUCAGAGAAUCAGUGCAUCGGCUUCUCUCAAGGAAACCCUCUUCUCUGGGGCAAGACUCCCCACCUGAUGACUUAUCACUGGCUGAGGCCAGAGAGGAUUGGGCUAGGAUAUGUCAGACUGUUCUGGGGCACAAACUUUGCGUGUGGGAUACAUUCUUGAGGUCUGGAUUACUUCAGAGAGCAAAGGCACUGGUUGACAAGCAUCUUGUUAAAGGAGGGUCAAAUGCUAUCAAGUUGCUGGAGAUGUUGUUGGGGUCACCAGUCAGCACUGGUGGUGAUUUUUGGACUGAAGACACUUCUAGCCAGAGCUUGGGUGACUUCAAACCACUCUCACUGAAGGCUAAAGCUUGUAGCCCAAAUAUUUUCAGUUUUUGUCAAAGUUUUGAUAAGGGUUUCAAAGAUUUGAUCACUGACAUUUCUCAUUUUCUGGGUGAAAAUGGCACACUUGAGCCAAGUAUUGACACCUACUGGACGCAUCAGAUGACUAGAAAGGUUACUGACUACCCAUUCUCCCUGUGGGAAGACUCUGACCCCCUCAAGACACAUGUACAAGCAGCUGCAGGAGAUUGCAUUGAAAGAUUCCUCAAGAACAUUGGCAUCAAAGUGACUGAAAUUGGAGGCCAAAUGAAAGAUCAAAAUCAAAACUCCAACCUUGUCAAUAGAUUGAUACCCCUUGGAAACCUGUGUCAUUGUUUGAUGGACUGCUCCCCCAAUUUCUCAUUCCUGGCUAGUGGAUGUAAACACUCCAUAAGGUCCUUUACAAAAUCUCAAAAGAAAUUAAGGAAAGAGGAAAACAGGCAGCAGCAUUUAGCCACAGAAUUGCUUCAUGAGAAAUCUCUCUUUAUAUUCAAGAUUUGGUCAGUGUGGUGCUCUAAUGAGAUAGUGUCCCAACUUGGGGAGCAGCUGUCGGCUGAAAUGGAACUCAAUUCUCUCGCUUCUUCAUUGGCUUGGGAUGAAAUUAAGAUUUCAGAGGAGUCAGAGAGCGGUGAAACAGUGUCAUCAGUGAUCAAGGUGCCAUCCCAGUCUUCGGUUUAUGUUACCACUCUACUGUUCGCUCUGUGUCAAGAGAUCAGCAGGGUUGGAGGGCAUGCCUUGGAUCGAUCACUGCUAGAGAAACUGAGUGGGACUGUGUUUCUGGGCAUCAUGGAGUGUUAUGAGUCCUUACUGCAAAGCUCAUCCAACCAGAAAGUUCCUCAACCUUGUGCCCUUCAACUUCUCUACAAUCUGAAGUUCUUUUCCAGUGUUUUAGUUCAUCCACCUGUAGAAGGGGGAGCAGAGAAAGUUGAAACCAGGCUCAAGAAGGUUGUGGAAUCACUUCACUUGUUUGUGGACCCCUUUGAUUUAGAUGUGUUUAUGCCAUACAUCUUAGCCAACCUGGAGCGCCAGUUGACAAGAUCAUCCGUUCUGUAUGGCCUGCUAUUAGCUGUUAAGGGGACGCCUAUUUCUUCCUCCUUUUAUAAGAAGCCUACACUAAGUGGUAGUCAAGAACAGCAUAUCGUCAUCCCCUUGGCCCCUUCAAUUAGUCGGCUUCCUAGCCUGCCUAUGACCGUCCCAAUCAAAACUACAGGCCAUGCAAUACAGUAUAAAAGCUAUGACACAUCUAAUCUACUAGCUGCAAUGGAAUACAACAGAGCUAUGCAAGCUGCACUGGAGCUCUCGAUGCUCAAUCUCAACAACACCUCGUACAGCAUGACCAGCCCUGAGCCUCCGUACGGAUUGCUGGAUGAUGAAGUGCCUAUUGAUUCCCUGAAGACCAAAUCUCAAAACAUCACCCAGUGUGUGUCUGUGCCUACCUCUGAGCAUGUGGCAGAAAUCGUAGGAAGACAAGGUUGCAGGAUCAAGGCACUCAGAGCUAAGACCAACACUUAUAUUAAAACUCCUGUUCGUGGUGAGGAGCCUGUGUUCGUCAUCACUGGUCGUCCUGAGGAUGUUUCAUCUGCAAAGCUAGAGAUCAUGACGGCUGCUGAGCACUUUACUAACCUCCGUGCCAAGAGAGCCUCCAGCACAUCAAAUGAUGGAAGCAAUGGAGGACUGAAUGAUGGGGUUCGAGUGAGCGCUAUGGUCAGAGUUCCCUAUCGUGUUGUAGGCCUGGUUGUUGGACCUCGAGGAACAACAGUGAAACGAAUCCAGCAACUCACCAACACUUACAUUGUGACUCCCUCUCGUGAUAAGGACCCUGCUUUUGAAGUGAGGGGUUCCCCAGAGAAUGUUGCCAAAGCCAAAGCUGAAAUCGAAUCCUACAUUUCCCUGCGUACAAGUGGUAGUGGUAACAAUGCUGAUUCCCCCGAUCCCGACGGCUCUCAGUUUGGUAGCGAGUCGUACGAUAUGCCAUCUUUCUCUAACCCAAGAAUUUCUGAGUCAGCCUACUCUUAUUCUCCACUUCAUGAGCCCUCUGUAUUUGUUCAAGAGCCAAACGAGUCCUACCUGAAUGUGCCCGUGUCCGCUCCUGCUAUUCCAGGCACCGAGCGAGUGUUCAACUUCACCUCAUUCCAUGAUGCUCUGACAUACAUCAAUCCAACUCUCCCAAGGCCCAACCCUGUUCGUGUACAAGCCAGCAAUCGAGAGAUGACCUUCAUGCCAACGAAAUGCCAGCCUCCAAGCCCCACCUACUCAUGUGAUUCUGGCUCCUCUGAUGGCUUCUCGACUACUUCUCCAAAGCAGUUUGUUGCCGGCUUCAAUUCUUGCUUUGUCUGCAACGAUGAAGUGACUGCAGCCCUCAUCCCUUGUGGCCAUAAUCUCUUCUGCAUGGGGUGUGCCAUUCAUAUUGCCGAACACACUCGCAUGUGCCCUGCGUGUGGAUCACAGGUCAACAAUGCUCUUCGCAUUCGUUCCAGGUAAAGAGAAAUGAUAUUAUUUAGUUUUUCAAUAAUUUGACUGAUCUAUAUAUAAAUUUAACAGAGCAAAUUGAUUUGUUUAUGCUUAUAUCACGUUAUAAUGCUGUACAGCCGGUUCUUUUGCACCUCUGUGCUGUUUCAUUUCAUAGAAACAUUUCCACUGCAGUUAUAUCAAUAGUGCAUUUUCAUUUAUGUUCAAUGUCGCAAAGCAAAGUUCUUGAUAGAAAUCAUUAAUAUAAAUAUAUAUAAUUAUAGAUGUUCCAUUUCAGACGUAUUCCAAAUCUAUUUCAUUAUUGUGUUCUAUUUUAUCACCAAUCUGAUGUCAUCCAUUAUUCAUUAUUCCAAAGAUUUUUUUUGUCUAUGAAGUGAAAGAAGUACUUUUCUCAAAAUCAA